GUUGGCAAGAGGCCCUUCUCCAGUCACAGGAAGUGCGUGCCGACGUGAGGGUCUUCGUCUGCUCGUUCUUACGAGCUUUUCGGCAAAAUGAACGUAAUCACGAAGACCUCGAAUAUCGCGCCUUACUUAAAGGUGACAACGACAGUCGUUUCGAACGGUCUCCGACCUGUCGCGGGAACGGGUAAAGUGCAGCGGCCGAAAAUCGAGGUUCCAGGAUCCGUCGAGCGAAUCGUCAGUCUGAACGAGGGUAUUUUCCAUGGACCGUUACGCGUGAGCGCAGGAAUCACAGCGGGCUCCCAAAUCCACCAGGUCCAGCCCGUUCGUCUGGCACAUACCGAUAUCCAGGUGCCGGAUUUUUCUGCAUAUCGUCAGAAUUCGGUUCAAGAUCCAACGGUUAGAAGUCGUGAUUCCGAUGACGAACGGAAAUUGGUUUCUUAUCUCGUUGCUACUGGUGCUGGCAUCCUUGCUGCAUACAGUACAAAGACUAUAGUCUAUGAUCUGGUAUCUUCGAUGAGUGCUUCGGGUGACGUCAUGGCCAUGGCGAAGAUUGAGGUUAAACUGAGUAAUAUUCCCGAAGGAAAGAGUGCCGUUUUCAAAUGGCGUGGAAAGCCUCUCUUCAUUCGACACAGAUCGGCCAGUGAAGUAGAAAGGGAACGUAGCGUCGACGUCGCAAGUCUUCGAGACGCGCAACACGAUUCUGAGCGUGUAAAGCAUCCUGAUUGGCUAAUCGUUAUCGGCGUUUGCACACAUCUGGGAUGUGUUCCGAUAGCUAAUGCAGGAGAGUUCGGUGGAUAUUACUGUCCCUGCCAUGGUUCACACUACGAUGCCAGUGGGAGGAUCAGGAAAGGACCGGCACCUCUCAAUCUGGAAGUCCCACAGUACGAAUUCGUCGACGAUGUCGUCGUUGUUGGUUAACUACUAUUUGUGCUAGGCCAUCUGUAGCAAAGGAUAAUUCAUCGUGUCAAGAUGCAUCCCUUGGUCUCAAAGACGAGAGACCGAGCAUCGGCGUAUAACUUUUCUAUUUAUUGAAAAAAUUCCAAAACCGACGUGCUCCGGUGUGCGUGUUUUUUUUUAUCUAGAAAUUGAAAGCCCUUAAAAGCGGUGUAACGUAUUUCCGUUAUAUCAAAAAGUUGUACAGACCAUGAAAUAAACAUGAACUAUAGGAAUCAUAA